UUUCAGAUGUCGAAUGAGCACGACGAUUUUGAGCCGAUUGAUGGGGUAAUGGAGGCUCAGAUUCCACAAUCAACUACAAUUGAUCAUUUAAUCGUAGAAGGUAACAACAAUCAGAAUAACAACCACAAUACGGGUGACACAUUAUCAAAUGUGAUAGUCGAAAAUUGGAUAUUCGCUCCGAUAGCUGUGACAAUUCAAAAAAUGAAUGUUUCCAAGACAAAUCAUGUGUUCAAUGUAGCGGAGAAGGAGAGUAAGAAGCAGUUUUUAGCUGAGGCCCUGAUCCCAUUCCUAUUCGCCGGGCUCGGACUAAUUCUCGCCGGUGUGAUGCUCGAAUCUGCAGAAGGUUCUGAGUUUUUCACGACACUUCCAGAUGCAGUAAUAAUGGUGCCGACGUUGGUCGGAUUGAAGGGAAAUCUUGAGAUGACACUUUCAUCGAGGCUAUCCACGUUGGCCAAUCUCGGCUUCAUGGAAAGCCGGAAAGACAAAAUCAACGUCGCUCUCUCCAACAUGGCUCUUAUCCAAUGCCAAGCCAUUGCCGUAUCAUCCCUGGCAGUUAUCCCUGUCCUAUUUCUAGGAGAACAAGCGAUAUCAUUCGACGAUACUCUAUGCUUGUUGUUAUCAGCAGUUGUGACUGCGUCUCUCGCAUCAUUAGUACUAUCUCUUCUGAUGGUUGCAGUGGUUAUUGCUGCACGGCGAUGGAAGUUGAAUCCGGAUAACAUAUCGACACCGGUUGCAGCAUCGCUUGGCGAUGUUUCAACUCUUUAUAUUUUGUUAACUGUUGGUACAUUGGCAUGCCACAUGCGAGACUUACAUGUAACGUUGCUCAUUGUCAUCCUCUUAUUUUUCUACGCCAUCGCAAUUGUUGGAGCAGUGAUGGCAGCAGAAGACCGAUUCACGCUAGAGGUUCUCAAAAACGGUUGGUGGCCAAUCCUUUGCGCAAUGAUGAUUACCACAUUCAGCGGGCUUGUUCUCAAAAAAUCUAUGCAAACCUAUCCCCCACUGGCAGCAUUCCAGCCACUAAUUAAUGGUCUCGGCGGGAAUUUGGUAGCUGUUCAGGCAAGCAGAAUAUCCACACAACUUCACAGAGCACGGAAGAAUCGAGAAAUCGAAGUUAGAUCACUUCAAACUUACAUCAAUCCCUGGAGGGCGUUCUUCGGGAAUAACGAAGACGCUUCGGCUGCUCAAAUUCUACUUGGAAUUUCUGUUCCAUCAAAUAUAAUUUUCAUCUUUAUCAUCUUUUUAUUCGGCGUUGGCUUCCACAACACCACUCCUUUCACCAUUUCAUUUGUUCUAGUUUGUGCAAUUCAGGUAACAACCCUCCUGUACAUCUGUCAAAUCCUGGUCCGCGCAAUGUGGAUAAUGAGAAUCGACCCGGAUAACUCUGCAAUUCCAUUCCUAACGGCUCUCGGUGACCUGAUAGGCUCACUACUUCUGAUCCUCUGUUUCUGGAGCCAAUGGAAAUAUUUUGGGCUCCCGGUGUCAGCUGAUCAGUACACUGGACACAAAUUUGGACAUUAGACAAUUAAUUUUCGUUUACUUUUCUUGGUUUAAUCACUUUGCGGGUACCAACAAAAACUGUGCAAUUUGUAAUAAAUAUAGAUUUUUGAAAAAAAUUAAAAAUUAUUU